CUUGAAUCCUAUGAGUUUGCAAUCUGUAGAACGUUAUCCAUCAUACUAUACAAUGAUUCAUUUUGAAAAAUUAGGAUUUAUAGCGGCAUGCAGAGCUUGUUUCACCUGAACAAUGGAAGGGAACUCAGGACACUUCUUGAUCCUUAGAAGUUGUUAGAUAUGUUUCCCUUCUUUUCCUUGUUGCAGUGGCUGAGUGUGUCCAAAAAGCAUCAUUCAAAAGAAGGCGAUUACCUUUGCAACCUAGGAAGAAACAUGGAUCACCUGGCUUCGUUCAGCAGUGACCCUUUUGACAAGCCACCAUGCCGAGGGUGUUCCUCUUACCUUGCAGAGCCGUACAUUAAAUGCGCAGAAUGCGGCCCACCUCCUUUUUUGCUGUGCUUGCAGUGCUUCACAAGAGGAUUUGAGUAUAAGAAACAUCAGAGUGACCAUUCCUAUGAAAUAAUGACCUCUAACUUCCCUGUCCUUGAUCCUACUUGGACAGCUCAAGAAGAAAUGGCCCUUCUGGAAGCAGUGAUGGAUUGUGGCUUUGGAAAUUGGCAGGAUGUUGCCAACCAGAUGAGUGUGAAGACGAAAGAAGAAUGUGAAAAGCAUUACAUGAAGCAUUUCAUCAAUAACCCCCUUUUUGCCUCCUCCUUAUUACAUCUGAAGCAGACGGAGGAGAAGCAGCACACCAGCUUAGCAAUUCCGUUUUAUGCAUCUGAAGAUCCUCCCCGACCUACCUUUGAUUCUGUUCUCUCAAGAGAUAUGGCAGGAUACAUGCCAGCAAGGGCAGAUUUCAUUGAGGAGUUUGACAAUUACGCUGAAUGGGAUUUAAGAGAUAUAGAUUUUGUGGAGGAUGACUCAGACCUUUUACAUGCUUUGAAGAUUGCAGUUGUAGAUAUCUAUCACUCUCGGCUAAAGGAAAGGCAAAGACGGAAAAAAAUCAUAAGAGAACAUGGACUAAUCAAUCUCAGAAAGUUUCAGGUUCUGGAAAGAAGAUAUCCACAGAAGGUUCAAGAUCUCUAUGAGACCAUGAGGCACUUUGCAAGGAUAUUGGGGCCAAUGGAACAUGAUAAAUUCAUAGAGAGCCAUGCAUUGGAGUUUGAGCUGCGUACUGAAAUCAAACGCCUGCAGGAGUACAGGUUAGCAGGAAUCACCAAUUUCUGCAGUGCAAGGACGUACGACCGUCUCAAGAAGGUGCGCGAAGAGGAGCGAUUAAAACGCACCAUGCUCUCCGAAGUCCUUCAGUACAUCCAGGACAGCAACGCCUGCCAGCAGUGGCUCAGCCGGCAAGCCGACAUCGAUUCCGGCCUGAGUCUCACAAUACCAGUUACAUCAAAUUCAGGUAGGAGAAGCGCCCCUCCAUUGAACCUCACCGGUCUCCCUGGGACAGAAAAGCUGAAUGAGAAGGAAAAAGAGCUCUGUCAAGUGGUUCGGUUGGUCCCCGGCGCAUAUCUGGAGUACAAGGCCGCCUUAGUCAACGAGUGCCACAAACAAGGGGGCCUGAGGCUAGCCCAGGCACGUGCCCUCAUCAAGAUUGACGUGAACAAGACCAGGAAGAUCUACGACUUCCUCAUCCGAGAAGGGUAUAUCACCAAAGCCUAACGAAAGAGCAGUCACCAUGGAAACUUUUCUGCCAGCGCUUUUGAAGCAAAGACUGGGAUUUCUUCUGCCAUGGCUGCCGUGCAAGCUUGAGAAGACCUCUUUGCAAGCUCCCGUCACAUUUCCCUUCACGGGUUUGUUUCAACGCUGGUGUGUAACGAUUGUGUGCCCUGUACUGCUAUGAACAUUUGGGGAAGGAUUGUAGGACAUGUAAUCUAUUAAUAAAAUAUAAGUGGGUCGUUGUUUCUCA